AUGUCUACAACCAACAGCUCUAAUAAUGAUAGCAAUGCUUCGUCCGGAGAUUCAGAAAUUUCUCCACCGCGUGUGGCUCGUUUCUGGUUUCUAUUUUUAAUCGAUGUUCCAUCGGUCAUCUGCACGUUCUGUAUCAUUAUCCACAUCGUCACCAAUCGAGCUCGGCGACAUGCAUUACAAAAUCAUACGAUUCUCGUUAUCCUUCUCAUGAAUCUACUGGUUCAAUUACCGGAUAUCAUUUUGUAUCUUAAUGCUUAUCAGAAUGGUCCUCUGCAACCUUCGAGCCCAGCUGCUUGUCUCACUUGGUGGUUUAUUGACAUUACUUUUUAUAACGGAGGUGUUAUUCUCUUGGCUUGGAUGGCCAUCGAACGGCAUAUUUUAAUAUUUCAUUAUCAAUGGAUAAUGAAUCGAAGAAGGCGUUUUAUUUUUCAUUACUCUCCUCUCAUUGUUCUCGUCAUAUACACUCUUGUCUUCUAUAUCAUCGCCUUUUUCUUUAUUCCCUGUGAAAAUGGGUAUGAUUACACAGUGCCAGUAUGUGGCGAGUCUCCUUGUUAUCAAUCCUAUGGCGUUUUUGGCAAAUGGGAUUUGUUUGCUAACAACUGUGCACCGAUUAUAUUGGAGAGUGUUGUUAGCAUUGGUCUUAUUCUGCGCGUUCAAUGGCAGAAGCGGCGUCUUCGUCAAUCCGAUCAAUGGCGGAAGCAACGACGAAUGAUUAUCCAAUUGUGUUUGGUGUCUGGUGUCAACAUGUGCAUCAAUCUGCCGAUCUACCUCAUUACGUUCGCUCAUCUAUGCGGCCUACCGUCACAGUAUGGCGUUCAAGCUAGCAGUUAUUUCUAUUUUUUCAGUUAUCUCGUCACGUUGCUGUUUCCGUUUACAUCUUUAAGUCAGUAUCCCGAACUACGCAAGGUGAUCGAAAAGAAGGUCUUUUGCAUGUCAACAAGACAACUGCCUUUUGGAUCUACUGUCGUACCUGCAAGAAGAGCAAUACCAACGGGUGUAGCAGAUGUCUGA